AGCCGUCCCUCGAAUCUGGGGUCCACAUUCACUCCCGGGAAGGCGGGCGACGGGGGCCGUUUGGGAUGGGGAGGGAGUCGGUGAGUGAGGAGGAGGGGGAGGAAAAGCGCUGGAAGGAGGGAAGGGAGAGGAGAUUCCGAGGUUGAGGGGCCCAGCUGGAUGAGUUGCGUGUCCGGAGUUGCUCAAAGACCACCUUUGCUGCUUCUGACCUGCAGAGCUUGGGAAAAACCAAGAGGGAGAAGGAAGCUUUUAACCCGGGAAUCUGACUCGACCUAAACCUAAAUACCUUUUAUUAAGAGAGCAGCUCGUAAAGGAAAUGAGGGCUGCUUCCUUUGGGGGGUGAUUUCUCCCAGAGAAGAAUCUGGUCAUUAAGGAACGAUUUCCCCAAGGCUCAUUGUAUCCAGCGAGCUACCUUGCCCUGAGAAAGUUGGGGUAGGAGCAAAAAUUACUCUUCAGAAUGACAUAAUCUUUUUCCAAAUAAACAAGUUUUUUAUGCUCUUCUCUGAAGAGCCAAAGAAAGAUGACCAAGAAAUAAUUCUGCUUAGGCUUCUUGUUCUUCAAAUGGGUUCCCUAGAAUUUAUGCAGUUGGGUUGUUGGGAACAAACAGGUGCUAAGCCAAUCCUCAACUGAUGCAUGAAAGCUGUGAAUUCCAGAUGGGAUUUCUCAUGGAUAAACCAUAAAAGAGAUAAUUAUGGAGGAGGAAUUUUUAGAAUACCUUGUCUGUGUUUCUGAAAAACUACUACUUGAAUAUGGCCAAACUGCUGAUGAAAGAGAUGCAAAGAAACUGAGAAAUCUGGUUAUGGUUAGACUGCAUGCAUAUUUCCUGUAUGAUCUGCGAAGCAUGCCAUAUUGUGUUUCACUCAAAAUAUGUGAUUUGUCUUGUAAUUUUCUUACAAAUAUUGAUGCACUUGAAUAUUGCAUUAAUUUAAUUAAAUUGGAUCUCCAUAAUAAUCAGCUAGAAUUACUUCCUGGUCCAAUGUUUUGGAGAUACAUGAAGAAUUUACAAUUAUUAUAUCUACAUGAUAAUGGAAUUUCAACACUGGAAGAUGUGCAUUCAUUAUCUUUUUGCCCUAAUCUUAUUGCCCUCACUUUGUAUAACACUCCACUGUGCUUGAAAAUUGCCUAUAGGCACAUUGUUGUUAACAGCAUUUUUUCACUCAAGGCACUAGACUACUAUGUCAUUUCUGAUGAAGAAAUAACUGAAGGUUGGAGACUACCUGAAAAAUACAAACCAUUUACUCUGAACUUUUUUGUUGACUAUUACCCUCUUUCUGGAAAGGAUACUACAUUUCAGGAAGAAAUUAAAAUAGUAAGAAAUAUAAUUUCCAAGAUCAAUCAAGUUCUAGUUCAUCAUUCACCAAUCUUGAUUAUUCAGAGAUGGAUCAGAGGAUAUUUAAGUAGAAAAACAUGGUGCAUAAGUCCUAUAUCUGAUGUUCUGUGGUAUAAACGUUUCAUCAGAGGUAGAAAAAAGCACGUAGCUUCUGUGGAUAGUAGUAAAAGCCCUGUCUCUGAAACUGUUAAGCAAGAGCAAACUACAAAAUAUAAGAGAGGUACACCCGCAAUCCAAAUUAUAGACAUGAACAAUCUUAAAGAAUUCCGUUUGACUUUAAGAAGAUUAAAAUAUCCUGUUAUCAGACUAGAAGAAAAGAAAAAGAUUAAACAAAAGGAAUCAAAGUCAACAAAGAAGGAUUUCACAGAGAGAGAAAAAACUGAAAUGAAGACUACAUUUAGACUUUCAGGAUCUAAAAUGCCUUUUUAUUCACCGAAUGAACAUCGGAAAAUGUACAAAGAGAGAGAGAGAUUUUUUUUUGAUACUGCUCAUGAUAUGCGUAACAUCACACAUCCUGUACCACCAACUUUGCCAAUAUAUGAACCUGGCAGCAUUGAAAAGAGAGUCUUUGCUAAAGCAUAUGGAACUGUAAGACUUCAUCCUUUAUAUGCCAUUGAACAAGCAUAUUGGCAAAGUCAGAAGUUGGACCAGCAAGCUAAGAAGGAGCGAGACGUGAUGCGGCGGUUGAUUGCUAAAAGUGAAGCUAAAGAAUACAUGCAUCAUUUACAAGAAGAAAAAAUAGACAAUAUUCAGAGGAACUACGAAAGGAAAAAGAUGAUGGAUACAGAUCAUGUUAAAAAGUCCAAAGAGGGAAAAUACAAGUUCAUUGUUAGGAUGAGAAAAAAGUAUAAUAAGUUUUUAGAAAAGAAGGAAGGAAAGCUAAUAGAAAACUCAUUCAUUCAGCGCUUUAGCACUCAACAUACUUCUUUGACUAGAGGUUUAUUAAAACUUGAUGGGUGGAGAAAAAAUGUGGAAAUCCACAAUGAAAGAAAAAAAGUCCUUAAAGAAAUUAGACAAGAACAAAAAGAACGAAAAGAGGUGUAUGAACAUUUUCAGGAGGAGAGGCGACAGAUGUUACAAAGACAAAAUAUAGACGAGAAAAUAUUUAGGAAAUAUGUGACACAUGUAAUGGCGAAGGAGAGAUUUGAACAAUCCAAGGCAAAACUUAAAGCCGUGAAGGAACCUCAUGUAAAACUAUUGUAUUCAUUACCAGUCAUUGGCAGUUCGAGCACUGCAGUGCCUAUUGCUGAGUAUGAUGGCUAAGAAGAUGCAAUAUAAUAAGGAUGAACACAAAGGGAAUAAAAAUGUAGCUGAUUUUUAUAGAUCAGAUUUGCUUUAAAGAUCGACCAGCAAGCUAUGAUGAAUUGUUGUAGUUACCUAUGGGAAGUAUUUAAUUCAGAGUCCAUCUGAAGAAUGGAAUUUGAAAGAUCCCUUUGCUUCAAGGGGAGAGUAUUUAAAUGACUGAAAUAUACCAUUCUUUUUGUCUUUUCCCAGACUGCAACAUUCUGUGAGCUUAUGCGACUUCAACUGUGUGUUUCUUGCAUGCAAUGGUAGCUUCAUGCAAUGAAUUGUGGACGUGAAAAGGAACUGAUCACAAAUUAGAGCUUUCUACUACAAUUCGAGACAAAAUAGGCAUGUGUGUGCAUAACAUGUAACAAUGUACAUCUAUUCCUUUCACAAGAGCAAUACACACCC